CUGGGCCGCGCCAUGCCGUUCCCGCCGCCGCCAGCCCCAGCCCCGCGGGUCUCCGCCGCGCGCCCGCCGCCCCGCAGGCCCCGGAAGACGGCUGCGCCCACCUGUGCGCCGCCCGCGCCCGUGCCGCCCGCUGCCACCAGGGAGACGCAGCGGCCCCCCGCGCGUCCCGAAGCACUGCUGUCCCGCUCCUGGCCCUCCGCCACCCUGAGGAAGCCCCCUGCGGGCCGUGCCCCCGGCCCUGCCCCUCGGCGCGCCCAGGGCCCGGCCGGCUCCAGCCCAGGCCCCGCGGGGACCGCGGACACCGCUGCCUUGGGGCCAGGGCGUGAGGCCGCCACGCGCUUCCCCCUGAACCUACCCCCGGAGGCCACCCCGGGCCUUCAGAGACGCCACCUGGAGCAGCAGUUGCGGGUGCGGCCCCGCCGGCUGCUCCCCGCACCCUUGGCCAGCGCCACGCUCCCGCUGGGCCCCCAGCCCGGAGCCAAGGGCAGGGGUCCGCGGAGGGGAGGCGGCCCCGGAGGCCUGGAUGCGCGCCUGCCCGGUGUCCCGCUGCCCCCCUGUGGCCGGUGGGCCGGGGAUCCCAGCCCUAGGCCAGCCCACCUGCGCCGCGUGCUCAAGGUGUCGCUGCUCAACGACCGGCACAAGUACGACGACGUGGAGUACGAGGAGGAGGCCAAGGUCGUGGACGAGGACCUGGUCCGCAGGUGCACCGAGUGGCUGCGAGGUGUGGAGGCGGCGGCCGCGGCGCGCAGCCGCACCCGACCCCUGGACCUGCUGCCGCACCUGAGCACGCUGUGAGCGGGUGCUCGCCACCGUGGGCACUGGCCGGACUCCUCCCAAGCCCACUCCCCGCUUCUGGGCACCUGUGACCCAGGUGGGCCUCCUGGGGCUCUCUGGCCCUGG